UUGUUCGCUGUAAAGAAUUGCUAGAGAGGGAUUUUACAAAGCAAAAUGCUACGCUCGUUAGCCAAAGCGUAAAAAUACAGUUACUUCCGCAAAAAUGCAAGCGAAUUCUUUAGGCACAUAUGUACAUACUACAUAUUUAUAUUUAUAAAAUGAACAUGCUGACGUUGCUCAAUGAAUAUUUGUCGUUUAUAAAUUACAACGCACUCGUCUGCGGCUACAGUUUGGAGCGAAACACAAUAAUUUGUUUAAUUGAAUUUGUAAAGUGCUGAUAUCUAUCAAUUAAUAAUAAUCGCUGCGCACUGCUGCAAUGUAAAUGUAGUAUGGUGAAAAUUCGUUAUUGCAGUAGUAGUAGUACAUAAUAAUAUUUUGUUUAUAGCUGCCUGUUAUAUGAGUUUCUAAGUACGUUUGUAUUCAAUAACCAUAUGUAAAUAGCUUCUGACACACUGCGCAUGAAACACAGCUGCCGAAAUUCCAACAUUACAAACAGUCAAACAGUGCCUUUCAAACAGUUAACAAAUUCGCCAGUGCAAUGAGUAAGUCGCGCGACAAUACGCAUUUAAACUAUAUUAAAGAAUAUGUAGUGCCGGAAAUUUUGACGAAAUUGCAAGGCGAAACCUUGCUGAAGCUCGAGCUGCAGCAUGCAAGCGGGCUGGACGGCUUUAUGUCGGCACUCUACAACAUUAAAUUGCAUACGCAGACCUCCGACGGAGCCAAGCAGCGGUUGCUUGUGGCCAAAUUCAUGAAAGGCGAUGUAAGCUUUCGUGAGUCCAGCAAGUCGUACAUACAAUUUGCCAAUGAAAUAUUUGUGUAUGAACGCGCCCUGCCUGCCUUUGCUAAAGUGCUGGCCGCCGCCAAGCUCGACAUCACCAUUGACGAUUGGGUGCCACAUCCAUAUGUGGCGAAAUUUGGUUAUAUUGAGGGUUUGAGCGCCGUGCCGGGUGUGCGCGAGUCAGUGUUAGUGCUGGAACAUUUGAAACCGCGCGGUUAUGUGUUGGGACCACGUCUAUAUCUUACGCGUGAGCACCUGUUGCUAAUGUGUCGUGCCAUCGGACAAUAUCAUGCUAUUAGCUAUGCCUUGCGGCUAAUUGAUCCCGCGCAACUCGAACGCUUGAAAAGUGAAAUAUUGACGUUGCCCUUUAUCAAUGAUGCGGAUCCGCGUGAUGCACAAGACAACUUUUAUCGUUAUGUCUAUCGCGCUGCAUUCGAUCGCUUCUAUGACUUUUUCGAUCGUAAAAUUGAUGGCAAUACGUUUGAUAAGCAAAAUGCCGUUGAUUUAAAAUUAAUAGAGCGUUUGCGCGAUUUGCGUGCUAAGUAUAUUGAAGAGCCGACGCGUUUGUUGGAGAAAAUACGCACAGGUGUUGUGGAUAAUGAGCAAGAUAAACAUUUCGGCGCCAUAUUGCAUGGCGAUUACAAUCGCAAUAAUGUGUUGUUCCGUUAUGAAGCGCAGGAAGCCGGUGAUGCGGUUGCGCCAAAGGUGGCCGACGUGAAAAUGAUUGAUUUUCAAGAGAUGCGUUAUGGCAGUCCCUGUUUAGAUUUGAGUUUCUUCAUGUACAUGAAUACCACUGAAGAAACACGUGAUGCCAUUUGGCAAGAAAUGCUGCAAACGUACCACACAAAUAUGUUUAAUACACUACAGGCAGCUGUUAAAGACAAUGCAAGAGUUGAUGCUGCGCAAUUGGCAGCCUACAGUUUUGAAGCUUUCCAAGCGCACUUUAAACGCUAUGCCUUCUAUGGCGUCAUGAUUUGUCUACACUUUCUACCGUGGAUGCUCUCGAGCGAAGAGGAAUGUGCGAAGAUCUCGCACCUCUUCGAGACCAAUUUGCGUGGCGAAGAGUUUCAUAGGGUUUCGAUUGAGAUCGGUGGCGAUGAAGUAAAUAUGCGUUUGCUGGCGGUACUGCGGCACGCCUGCAAAAUGGGCUAUAUGGACGAGCUUUGAGGUUAGGUUAAAUGUGCUUUAGCAUUUUAAGUAUAAACCAAGUGAUCUUUGAAGGAAAUAAAUAUAACAAAUUAGUAAAUA